GUGCUCUCCCUGCUUUCCUGCACUCCCAUCAUUGGCUUGAUGUAUCCCCCUAGAGUGUAAGAUCUUUGGGGCAGGGACCGUCUUUCUGCCACGUGUCUGUACAACUUCCCAGCAUCACGGGCCCUGAUCCCGCUAUCCCCAGCAUUGCCAGCUCUUGUGAUUUUUUUUCCCCCUCUGCGAGACUCUCGAUAGUUGCUCUUUUGAUUAAAACCUUAGUUCCCGGAUGCAAAGUUACGACACCGCCAGGAACUGCCUCCUGUGCCGUCCUCUAGCUGCCACAGAUCUACUGCCGUCGAUAUCCGCCACCUGUAUCAAUCUUGUAACCACGGUUACGUGGGCAAAGACAAUUAAUUGCCCCUUCAGUAUGCAGCUGCGGGUCUUGUUAACGCAGCCGCGGCAGGGGAGGAAUUAGAUAUAAUUAUAUGCCUGGGUGGCGUCCCAGCUGCAGUGGGGGGGGGGGGGGACCUGCCGGAGCUAGCAGUCUGUCGGCAUUUCCCGGCUUGUCGGGGAUCAAACGUUGUCUGAAACAUCUUUACCCUGGGCUGAAACUGGGGCAGCGUGGCUGUGUGGGGAGACCGGCUUCCUGGGGGAGCUGCAGCCACACCCGGGGGAGGCACAAGCUCGGACCAGGGGGCAGAGCAGUGAGUGGAAAGGAUAUUGGGUAGGUUUGGCCAACCCAAAAUCUACCAGAGCCUGACCCAAAGCACUUGGGAGUGAAUAAGGAUCAUUCCAUUGACCUGCAUGGAGCAGGCCCAUACGGAGGAGUUGAGACUUGGGGAUGGGGGUUCCCUUGUUGUUUGAGUCGGUUUAGGGCAGGUGAAAGGAGCUGGUUUGAAACCCCCCUGGCCCACGGCCUUUGUGAUUCCACAGCUUAGGUUAGACAAGAGCUAGUGUGACUCAGCCCUGCCCUCUAGAGGGGAGAGGAAGGAGUUCGAUCGCCAAACCCGUUCAGGCCAUCUGCUGGGACUGCCAACAGGCCGGCAAAAUCGAUGCUAACGAUGUGGAUGUCGUGUCUACUGGGAUCCCGACUGAGACCCACCAAACUCAUUUCACACAGGCCGCCGAUCCAUCAGCAAAGAGCGAAAUCUUUCCUUGGGUUGGCUUUGACUCAGUGAUCAGGAUAACUGGGACGUGGAGGAGUUUGUCUCAAAGGUGUGCAUGGGCAGGUUUCUCAACCAUCCCGCCUUUAAAAUCACGCUGGCCGCGCUCAUCAUCGGCAACGCGCUCAUCAUCGCUAGCCGGACCGAGACGAAGGUCGAAGAGAAAUACUACGGGUUGUUCUCUGCCAUAGAUAACGUUGUCUUGACUGUCCUUACCUGUGAGGUGCUUCUCAACUGGUACUAUGGAUUCCGGAUGUACUGGAAGGACGGUUGGAACGUCGUCAAUUUUUUUAUCGUGGCAUAUCUCUGCGUGGGGCCUUUCAUCCCUGUGCUGAACAACCAAAAAAUUUUCUGGGUCCUCAGGGUGAUGAGGCUGAUGCAGGUCUGCACGCUGGUCAACGGGUUGGCCAGGAUGAUCCGGGUGAUCCUACAGUCCAUCCCAGACAUGGCCAAUAUCAUGGCCCUGCUCUUUGUCAUCAUGCUGGUCUUUUCAGUGUUUGGAGUGACACUCUUUGGAAAUCUGGUCCCGAUGCACUUUGGAAAUCUAGGGGCAUCUUUGUAUUCGCUCUUCAUCUGCCUCACGCAGGACGGAUGGAUGAACAUAUAUAAGAUCUUUGAGGAAGAGGGGAUCGCCCUGAAAAUAGGGGGUAGCCUUUACUUUUUCAUCUUCAUCACGGGCGGGGCCUUUAUCUGCACCAACCUGCUGGUGGCCGUGGUGACGUCAAACCUGGAGCAGACAAUGCUCGCCUACGCUGAGGAGAAGCAGAAAAGAGACCAGCUCCUCCACCCCGACAAGUUCGUGGACCGGGAGUUCGAUGUUGGGGAUGACAACUCAUCUCCGGAGCUGAACUUGGUGCAUUUGAAAGCAGUGAUGCAGGAUACUCCCAUGACGCAUCACCAGAUGCCGCUGAUCUCCGGCAACCUGGGCAACCUGACUGAAGCUACCUGUGACGAUUUCUGUCUCAUCUUGGAAGGGAUUCAAGAGAACCUGAAACGAUACAAAGAGAUCCGGGAUGAGCUUAGCACAAUAGUCAAGGAGGUGAGGUCCAUCGCGUUCAAUAAAGAACAGGAGGAGGAGAGGGUGCUGCGAAACAUCCAGAACACCAACAUCUCUGACGGCCUGCUUAGCAACGAGGUGGCUGCUGGCAGGUCUGGAGAUAUCCUGUCCACGCUGAUGACUCUGGAGAAGGCGAACAUGAUUGACCCACAGGAUGUCACGUCAUCAGGGUACCACAAGGGGGCAGUGAAAAUGGCCUUCUUGAAAGCCCGACGCCAGUCUCUUCUUAACCAGUCAGUCCCUCCUUAGCCAUGCCGGAGCGGGACCAUGGAGCUGUGAGUGGGAAUCUUCCCCUGGACCGUGCAACCGUGGAGCUGCGGCGUAAAUGCUUCCUUUGUAACAGAGGCGGAUUUAUUUGCUUGGCUGAGGAGACGCUUCUGUCUUUGGGAUGCCGAGGAGCGAGUGUGGACGCGGGGUCGGAGCUCCAAGGAGCACGCGCCAUGAAAUACCAGCUUCUAGACGGACAAAGCCAGACCUGGAGGAGUGGCAGGAGACAGGGGUGGCUUGGAUUAAUGCCAAGGCUGUCAUGUUUGCUGUGUGCAUUGGGAUGACUUGGAUAUGGCCUGGACUGUCUCGUGGAUGGAGAGCAUGUCAGAGUAUUCAUGGUUUGGUGCCUCCAAAGCACAAAGCAAAGAACAUCAGGGAAAUAAGAGUUGCUGCACAGCCCGCGCCUGUGGUCAGAGCAUCGGCUCCCACCCUCUGUCCCAGCGCCCCUGGGCAUGUGUCUGUGUAAGUCUCAGGGGAAAUCACCUUUGGGUACCUUUGCACAGGUGAGAACAGAGCUGUCCAGGUGGUAAGAGCAGGGAUGCAGGAUGAAGCACUGGGUGUUCAUGCUUGUGCCCAUAAAAGGGGCUUCUCUUGCAGCGUCAGGAGCAGAUGCAAUGUCUAAAUCUGGAAAAUGUGUGGUGGAGCAGAAGAUGUGUCCAUCACGUUGUCCUGGCUGAUGCCUCCUUGAGACUCUACCGACAGGCAGCUACCUGGAAGUCCAGGACUAGUUGCACAGGCCCUGCCCUGUGCAGUGAGUGGAAAAAGGCUGAUGACAUUAUUUCCCAUUUUUAAUACCCAUUAUCAAGUUCUGGACCAUGUUCCCUACCUUGGCUGCUCAUGACGGUGAGGGACACAAUCCAGUGAGGUGCUGACGUGUCUCCUGGAUGGGAUCGUUUGACUUCCCAAAGCCAGGAGGUGCUCCGUCUCACCUCUGCGUUUCCCACCCAGCGCUCUCCAGACUCCAAGUGCAGAAGGCAAUUGCUGUGCUUCAGCUGUAUCUGAUCCCAUGUUCGUUGGACUCCAGCACUCCUGUAGCCUCGCAUUAAAAUGAGCAGUGUCGGGGGAAAGCAGCUGUAGCGGAUGCCAGCGUAUUUGAGACUAAUACUCGUCAAGAAAUACGUGGCUUGUGUCGAUCAGCUGUGACGCUUGUGCUGGUCUCGGAUGAAUGAUCAUAAUAAAGAGCAUUGAGCUGUGCUUCUGAA